UUACGUUCAUUUGUGUUUUGAACUACUCCAGAGAGAUACCGUUUGCCUACAGCCAUCAUCAUAUAAUACAACCUUCCACCCAAUCGUACCUCAUUGGACAAUUUUCCUCAGUCUUUGACCUAAAAUUUGUCUGUCUGAUAAUAUCUUUUCCACAUGACUCCUAUGCAUCUUUUUGAUUGAAAAUGCAGACUCAACCAGAAAUUGUUUAGUAUCUUCAGACAACGCUAACAUGAGAAGAGACAUAACGUGCCACAAUGCUUUGUUUGUGUGCUAUAGUUGAUAGUUCAUAUUAGCAUUCUGUUAGACCCGCACCCGUUCUAAGCCAUUUGUUCUCACUGUGCAUCUGGGCUCGUGGUACCCGAAAGGCACCUCACAGCUUUAUAUGAGAUGUAAUCUAGCAGAAUGGAGCCCCUGGCAUGCACAGAGAUGGCAAGAUACUGUGAUCAGAAUGCGUCUAUGUCCUUGCUUUUAUUGCAGGGGUGGAUAGAGAUAUUAAGGGUGGAGCCCGCCUGGCCAACUGAUGACUAAAAGACACACAGCGUGGCUUUACUGAACUUUAAAAUUAUGAUGGGUGUCAGAAAGUGGAAAGGGUGAUUUUGUGUCCAAAGGCUAUAGUGAUAGUAAAGACUGAGAUAUUUUAUUCAUGAAUGUUUUCAUUUGUUUCUCUCAUCAUGUAGUUGUUUUGAGGUAUGGGCGCUAUUCAUUUUGCAGCAGUAAGCUAAGAUGAGCUUUAGUAAGGCAUUGUGUCUAAACACAGACAGGAAAAUUCCUGAGGGCUGGCAGAUUUGAUGGACUAUAAAGCCAAAGCAGACACCCACAUGGGUAGUUGUUUAAUCCUCAGGAUCAGCGACCAAUCGUAUGGCAGAACAGAAAAAAACUGGGAAUAACGUCACAUGGCACGUCUCACUCACUGCUGAUGUCGACACUUUCUCUCCGUGAGCUCAUCAAAACCACAUUAUCUUUCCCAGAAUAAUGUAUACACUCCACUGCCUGAAAAACAAAUUCCUUGAUUCACUGCGAUGAUGAUGUUUCAUGUUUCAUUAUGAGCAAUGGCUCAUUAACUAUAGCUGCAUUCCAUCUCAUUAUUUCCAUAUACAAUAUCCAUUAUAUAUGAAAUCCUGGACGUGGUGUUUAUGCAACAAGUGAAGAACCUGAAAUGAUUUCCCAGUGAUUUUGAACUAAUGUUAUUUUUUUGCCUGUCUAUCACAACAAUCUCAUAUUGCAGUGCAACUACUGUAUUGUAUUUUUACAUUACGUGCCUUGUUUUUUAUGCAUGAACUCAAAGCCCGCACACAAAAGCUUUGAUCCUGUAAAACCUCAUCCCUCACGUGGUGUCACCAUCUCUUUAAAUGAUCUCUCUGCUCCAAAACAAAUCCAGCUGGAAGCUGAUCAAUACACAGCGCUGCCGAAAAGAUGACAUUACGGUUUGAGGCUUUCUGUCCUGAUGGUCUGUGUCCAGGAUGGUGUUUCCUUCUGAAGGGAGAAACCCCAGCAGAAGCCAACAAGUUUGAGAUUAAUUUCCUGUGUGACAAGGAUGACAGAAUAGCCUUCCAGUUCAACACUCGCUUCACUGAGUCAGAUAUCAUCUGCAACUCCUUCAUGGCAAACCACUGGGGAAAAGAAGAGAGAUGCAGCAAUUUUCCCUUUGGGGUAAAAGAGCCUUUCCAGAUUGAAAUCUACUCUGACAACGGAUACUUUUAUGUUUACAUUGACGACACCAAGGUUAUGCAGUAUAAGCACCGUGUGGAAGACCUUAAGACCAUCACUAAAGUACAAGUGGUUAAUGACGUCAAUAUCUCAUCUUUAGAGAUCACCAAAAAACAUUAUUACUGAGGCUGUGUAUUAAGUGUGUGACAUGUUUUGGCUGAGCACAGCGCUAUGACAGCUAUACAAGCAGUGGUUUAUUGUAUGUUUCACAUUUCUGUUUACCAGUUUAUUGCUGGUAAAGGUGUGGUUAUCUGUAUUGAUGUGCCUCCAUAUUCAU